AUGCUGCAUUUUUAUGCAUGUGAUGCUGAUCCUCUAUGAUGGAAAGGACUGAAAUCCAAUGAAUGAAAGGGACUGAAGGGGAGGAGCCGGUACACCUGUGCAAGACUGAAGGGGAGGAGCCAGUACACCUGUGCAAGACUGAAGGGGAGGAGCUGGUACACCUGUGCAAGACUGAAGGGGAGGAGCUGCUACACCUGUGCAAGACUGAAGGGGAGGAGACGCUACGCCUGUGCAAGACUGAAGGGGAGGAGCCGGUACACCUGUGCAAGACUGAAGGGGAGGAGCCGGUACACCUCUGCAAGACUGAAGGGGAGGAGCCGGUACACCUGUGCAGGACUGAA